AUGCCAGCCAAUACCAACAAAAGAAAAAGCGAGGAGGCUGUUAGCGCCAGACCCCCUAAGAUUCGACACGGCGCGAAAAAGCACGGGAAAAGGCAGCUCCAUGAAGAACCGGGAGAUCCAGAAUCCUGUGAUACCUUUCUACAAUGCAAAGGCAAUGAGCAGAAAACUGCCGCAUAUCUGGGGUUCUAUCAUACCAAGGAUCUGAGACUCUUUGCUAUUUCUUGGCCAGUCCUCAAGGCAUACAUUCACGGACACAAUAUCAUGUCCGGGAAGAACCAGGAAAUCCCGAGACGACAGGUCCUCGAAGUGAUCAAAGGGGACGAAGCCAGGAUCUCAAAGGCAGAUCCUGCAAAAGACUGGAACCUCAACGAUAAAAGUGAGACAGAAGAGCGUCGGAAACUGAUGAAAACUCGGCAUCUCGCAUAUCAUCUGUUGAUUUUGGAAGCAGAUGUGGAGAAGUACCAGACCAACUCGUUCCAACGCAACAAAGACCUGGAUGCUCAAUAUAGGACCCAGUUCAACGAGCUGAGUAAAGCCAGAGUGCCUUAUGAGAAGUUUAAACUUCGCAAACCCCCAGGACUUGUUCGUUAUCCGGGAAAAGAAAGUCGGCUGGAGAGCAUUAACCGGUGCUACACACUACUGCAAUACUUGAAGCACAGCCUGGAUUAUGCCCAUAUUUGGAAUGGAAAAAUGGAUUCUCUCGAAUCAAUUCGGAACGGUGUUCACGUGAGCAUCAGCCAUGUCCCCGGAUGGAUGCAAGUUGAAGAGGAUGAGACAGGAGUGCCGUUUCCUCCUGACGACGUCUCUGACGACGUCUCUGAUGACGAUACUGAUUACAAGCCCAUCUCAGUCAAGGUCGUUUGGUAUCAAGAUAAAAUGCUUCCCGGACAUGAAGAUCUGGAAGCCGCAAUUUCGAACGGCAAAUCAUGCGAUUUCAAAAUACCACCAUCUGAUCAGUCUCUUUCCAAGAACCCUAGGCUUUACAAGUCUGGCGACGUGUUUAGGGAUAUGAUUCGCAAGAUGUUUAACUGUCAAGAACUACGUCUGAACAUUCGAGACCUCGAACUGCGUUAUACAUCGGCAGCACACGGAUUUGGAGUCUCGAAAGAUCUCCUAAGUGGUGAAUGGGAGGAAUGCAAAGCCGUCUUUGCGAGUGACGAGAACAGCAACUUCGUCAUCAAACUUGUGCUUUAUGCAGUCGAAGACCCCAGCGCUGACAUUCUUGAAAAUUACAACUUGCAGCCAGAGUUGGAGAUGAUGGUCAAUGAUGAUGAAAACGCCGGUGAGGCAUCCCAAGCAGGUCCUGAGAAGGCUAAUGCUUCCUCAAUCUGUGGAAUCUUCGGAUUAAGGGGCUUUGCUGGCCACUAUGGCAUUGGCAGGGCGCCAAAGCCGCGCAAUUUUAGUGAAAGAGAACGGUCUCUGGAAUAUUAUGGCGGUUUUGAUGUGACAUCUGAAUCAGGUCGCAGAGGCUGGCAAAAGUCAAUGCUGCAUGAUGUGGCAAGGACGGUUCCGCCUAAUUGUGUCAAGCGUGACAAGCCACCGCGUGACUUUACGUCCUCCGAAAAAGCUGCAGUCACAGAAGCUGAGUAUCAGGCAGAGCGUCUAAGGGCUGAGGAUCAGAGCGAGCCUAAGACCAAGAAGGACGUUGAAUACUAUACUCAACAAAAGGCUUUCUCGGGAACGGAAAAUCGGGUUGGACCCUUCGUGAAUUUGUGCUUGGAUCUUCUACUCUGUGAGCCGGAUGGCGAUCGAUACCGAGCGACGUUGUUUCAGGCAUUUACCCACAACAUCACAUUCUACCAUUACCAGAUCUCUGGUGCGGUUGGACUUAUACUCAAGCAAUAUGGCGAGAUAGAUGCAACCAAGAUCAUCGCCAGUGCGGGACUCGACUCAAAUGACCGUCGUGCUGAGAAAGUCAAACAUGCCGCCAAGCAGCUAACUGAUCUUAGAACUCAUUGCGUUAUCUUAGCCGACGAGACCGGCUUUGGAAAGACAAUAACAUGGCUUCUCAUGCUCCUGAUGCGCACUAUGCUUACCGAGAUCAUGAAACCCACACUGCUUGUGGUUCCUGCCACGGUCAUUGGCCAGUGGUUGACUGAAAUUCGUGGACAUUGGCCUUGCUUCCGCCCGGUUCUCUCCUACAACGAUAGCGAAUGGGAAGACGCUCUUGGGCUCGACUCUAUUCCAGCGCAGGCGAUGCGUGACCCAGAACACAACCUGCCUCCUAGCUUGAAAUGGCUCUUUGAUGAGGAUAACCCCGAGACCUCGAAAGCAAUUGUUGUCACCACCUACAACACUCACCUUUGUCGAUCCCUGUGCCGAGAGAAAAGUGAUUAUAUCGACGAAGGAACCACUUGCAAACCCCAGUCAGCCGAGAAAAAGCGCUUCCAAACACGCUGCGAAGGAAAAUUCGGCCUUCUCAUAGCCGAUGAGGCCCAGCGCUUCAAGAACCAAGCCUCGGCAACCUGGGCUAUGCUCUUUGCUCACCGAUUUGAGAAGGCUGUGGCUGUGACAGCUACUCCAAUGUUCAACUCGAUCAAGGAUAUUCUCGGCUUUAUUGAGCAAUUUUGGCAGCUUGUCAAGCCCGAGUUGGAAUUUCGGAAGACACAAAAUGACUGGAGAGAAGAUGAGCUUCUUCAGGAAAAGCAGCCCCUCAAAAUCCAGAUGCAGAGGUUUGCUGGACUUGAGCGCCUGGAUCCGAGACGCCUCAAACUUCUAAAACCAGAACUGAUUCGUCGCGUUUUGGAAAGUAAGAGGGACAAGCACAAACGGGUAGCGGAAUAUGUUGGUCUGCUAUUUGACUUGGUCAUGAUUCAACGUGGUCAUGCCUCUGUGCUUCCUCAAGAGUCUGGCGAAGGAAUCUCGUUCAAGGACAUGGUCCCAAAAUCGGAGUGGAGCACGGCAGAGGUGAAGCUUUUGUCUCAUGAAGUACAGGAGUAUCAAGUCUUUCAUCGGUUGGCUGCAAGCCUUUAUACUUCUGAAUUCAUCAGGCGGAGCCGCACCAAUUCGAUCCUCGCCCUGCGUCAGUUCAGUAUUAUCGGCUUUUCAAUCAUAGGCGCUAGGCUCAACCGGCUCAUGGAGGCAACUGGACGCAACACGUAUGUGCGCCAACUUGCUCACUGGCGUAUGCAGUUCAGGGCGGGUGAAUUCAUUCACAAAAUGACGCGCAGAAAGGGUGACAUAGGCAGAAUCAAGUUUGCCCGGGACCUUAUCAAGCAUCUUGCGUACGGAUCUCCAGCAAUUCGAUUGGUUUGCAAACAGAUACUCGAGAUCCGAGCAGUGGAAGCACUGCAAAAACAUUCUCGCAGAUAUCAGAGGCUUCUUAUUGGAGAAUCUCAUCCAUUCAACGCAUGGUUUUUGGAGGCUUUUCUGCGAGAAAUGUUGAUCGAUGCUCGAGUCUUCCAUUCAGGUCUGGACAACUCGGAGAGAGCAAAGUUGGUCAAGGAGUUUAAUGAUCCCGAAAGCUCCAUUCAGUGCCUCAUAAUGACCUACAAUGUUGGGGCCAUCGGGCUAAACCUUCAUGAGGCUUGCAAGAGAGUCGUCAUCACUUCAAUCGGGAUCAAUCGUGCCCAAGAGUCACAGCUUGCUGGUCGAAUCAGAUCCAAAUUCCCGGCCACCGUGGUUCGGCGUAUGACUCUGAACUCGCACGAUCAGUUCCGAAGCGCUCGCCAGAUCGAAAAGGCGUCCUUACAGCUAGCUGUUAAUGCCAAAUGCCCCGACAUCAGCAACCUCAUGGUUAAGCUCCUUAACGAACUGCAACCGGACGUCGACCACUGUCAUGCUUCCCAGGAAGGCAGGAAGCUUUUCACUGAAGCCCAGGGGAGUGGUAGGCAGACAGGCGGGAAGCAGCCGCCAAUGAACCAGGCUCCUGAAGAGCCUAUCCACGCCCACGAAGAAAUGCAGACAGAGGUGCAGACGGAGGAAGGGACCAGAAUCACUGACAGGCCCACUGAAGAGGUAGCAGGGCCAGAAGAGUUCGAUAAUUUCGACAAUGUUCUCAAUCGGGUUAAGGAAGAUGACACAUCUGAGGAAGCUGAUUCGAAUUAUGACACCGAGGAUGACUACGAAGGCUGUGAGUUCUCAGAUGCCGAUCUCGACUCGGAAAUCGGCGAACCCGGAACCUCUGAGACAGAUGAAAUUCGCCCAUACAAGGCAUGCCGGAGAUUCGCAGAGAUCAGACAGCCAAGCGAGGAGGAGGGCUAUCGCCUCGCUCUUCUUGCACUGCCACCGAGGAAGAUCUGGACAGUUCAAGAUCUAGAAAAAGAACACUUUCUCCACAUGGGUCUCCGGUUGCUAUACAACAGGAUCCAUGGGAUCAAGAGACUGUCCCUCGGAAAGAAUAUUCACAUCAACUACGAUAAUCUUCCCAAGCUCCUUCUCAAUCAAAUCAGCAAGACACUUACAGAGAGGGAAAGGAAGAGGAUCCAGCAUCUUUUGACAAAGUGA